CCCAAGUCAACGCCCUUCUUCUCCGAAGCCGAUAUCAAUAGGCUUGCUGGCCUCGCAUCCGAGACUGGCUCCGGCGCGAUCUACUUCAUCGAAGCCGCCAUGUACUAUGAUGAGACGACCGCCCCAUCUGUCAACCAGAAACUAGAGAUGGUGCUAGCUCAGCUGAGCUUUGUGCCCGGGUUCGUGUUCACCAAGGAUGUGACGUACUUCCAGUUCCUCGACCGCGUGCGCGUGGAGGAGGUUGUGCUUCGAUCGGCUGACGUGUGGGAUGUGCCACACCCAUGGCUGAACCUUUUCGUCCCCCGGUCACGCAUUCUCGACUUUGACGCUGGCGUGCUCAAAGGCAUCCUCGGGGGUGACAACCCAGUCGGGCUCAUCCUCAUGUACCCUAUGAACAUGGCAAAAUGGACCUCCCAAAUGACGGCGGUGACGCCUCCCACUGGCGAGGACGUAUUCUACACGGUGGGACUUCUUCGGUCGGCUCUAUCCGCCGAUGAACUAGAGCGCAUACAGAGGGAGAACCAAUCGGCGCUGGCGUUUUGUGACAAGGAGGGCAUCGAGUGCAAGCAGUAUCUGCCACACUACACAUCACAAGAUGGAUGGCGGCGACAUUUUGGGGCCAAGUGGAGCAACAUCGCUCAGCUCAAGAACAAAUAUGAUCCCCAUGCGAUAAUGUCACGGGGGCAGAGAAUUUUCCCCUUGCCAAGUGUGCCAGCAGCAGGCACCGCGACUACAUAG